CGCCUUCGAGCUCCAUCGGCAGUUCGCCCCCUGUGCAGCUCCCUCAGCUGGUGAGUGUAGUGGGUAGCACACAACCACCAUGUUCAGCUGGCUGAAGCGGAGUGGGGCGCGGGGACAGCAGCCCGAGGCCAUCUGCACGGUGACCUCGGCCCUCAAGGAGCUGUACCGCAACAAGCUGCUGCCGCUGGAGGAGCAUUACCGCUUCGGAGACUUCCACUCGCCUACACUAGAGGAUGCUGACUUUGACAGCAAGCCCAUGGUGCUGGUGGCUGGCCAGUACAGCACGGGCAAGACCAGCUUCAUCCAGUACCUGCUGGAGCAGGAGGUACCAGGCUCCCGUGUGGGGCCUGAGCCCACCACCGACUGCUUUGUGGCUGUCAUGCAUGGUGACACCGAGGGGAUUGUGCCGGGCAAUGCCCUCAUUGUUGACCCAGAGAAGCCCUUCAGAAAACUCAACCCCUUUGGAAACACUUUCCUCAACAGGUUCAUGUGCGCCCACCUCCCCAAUCAAGUCCUGGAGAGCAUUAGUAUCAUUGACACCCCGGGCAUCCUGUCUGGUGCCAAACAAAGAGUGAGCCGCGGCUACGACUUCCCCGCGGUGCUGCGCUGGUUCGCGGAGCGCGUGGACCUCAUCAUCCUGCUGUUCGAUGCGCACAAGCUCGAGAUCUCCGACGAGUUCUCCGAGGCCAUCGGCGCCCUGCGCGGCCACGAGGACAAGAUCCGCGUGGUGCUCAACAAGGCGGACAUGGUGGAGACGCAGCAGCUGAUGCGAGUCUACGGCGCGCUCAUGUGGGCGCUGGGCAAGGUGGUGGGCACGCCCGAGGUGCUGCGCGUCUACAUCGGCUCCUUCUGGUCCCAGCCCCUCCUCGUGCCCGACAACCGGCGCCUCUUCGAGCUGGAGGAGCAGGACCUGUUCCGCGACAUCCAGGGCCUGCCGCGCCACGCGGCCCUGCGCAAGCUCAACGACCUGGUGAAGCGCGCCCGGCUGGUGCGGGUGCACGCCUACAUCAUCAGCUACCUGAAGAAGGAGAUGCCCUCGGUGUUCGGGAAGGACACCAAGAAGAAGCAGCUGAUCCUGAAGCUGCCGGUCAUCUUCGCCAAGAUUCAGCUGGAGCAUCACAUCUCCCCGGGCGACUUUCCCGACUGCGAGAAGAUGCAGGAGCUGCUGAUGGCUCAUGACUUCACCAAGUUCCACUCCUUGAAGCCGAAGCUGCUGGAGACGCUCGACGAGAUGCUGACCCAUGACAUCGCCAAGCUCAUGCCCCUGCUGCGGCAGGAGGAGCUGGAGAGCACCGAGGUGGGCGUGCAGGGCGGCGCUUUCGAGGGCACCCACAUGGGCCCGUUCGUGGAGCGGGGGCCCGACGAGGCCCUGGAGAACGGCGAGGAGGGCUCGGACGACGAGGCCGAGUGGGUGGUGACCAAGGACAAGUCCAAAUACGACGAGAUCUUCUAUAACCUGGCGCCAGCUGAUGGCAAGCUGAGCGGCACCAAGGCCAAAACCUGGAUGGUGGGCACCAAGCUCCCCAACUCGGUGCUGGGGCGCAUCUGGAAGCUCAGCGACGUCGACCGGGACGGCAUGCUGGACGACGAGGAGUUCGCCCUGGCCAGCCACCUCAUCGAGGCCAAGCUCGAGGGCCACGGGCUGCCCACCAACCUGCCCCGCCGCCUCGUGCCACCCUCCAAGCGGCGCCACAAGGGCUCUGCAGAGUGAGCCAGUGCUGCCUGCGGGCCCCCCUCCCACCUGCCCUGCUGUGGCUCCCCAGCUUUGGUCAGCUGCACGCACAUCCCUACCCUGGCCCACACGCACCCUGCCCGCCCACCUUCCCCGCUGUAAGGAUGGGGGUGUCUCUAUCCCCCCCGCCAGACAGAGGGGGUCAGGGGAGGGGCAAGACGUCUCUCCUCACCCUUCAUACCUGUACCCGCACAUACACUUAGGCACAUCACACGGACACUAACACACAGGUAUCCAUCCAUUCAUCAGCCAUUCAAAUAUUUAUUAAGCACCUACUAUGUUCUGUGUUUGGGGCUCGUUCUAGGCACUGGGGAUUCCAGCAGAGAGCAAAACAGACACACACCUGCCCAUGUGGAGCUGACAUUCUCAGAAGAGAGCACCUACGUGUGACCCAAACACAGACACACACGGGCCCUAACCAGCCGGAUCCUGGGUUCUAGGCAGGGCCCCUGGCCUCUCCCCAUAAAUGAGCAGCCACUUGGUUGAAAUGACUGACAGGCCCCCUGCCCUCCUUCCUCUUGGGGACCCCCGCCCCCACCCCAUCAUGCCCUCAGGCCUUAGGACCACUGGGGACUGAGCAGGGAGACCCAACCCCCUGCUUCCCCAGAUGGACCCCUCCCCCAGCUCGGGUCACGCCCGAUUUUAAUAAGCAUCUUUAGGGAGCAGAAAAGCCCCUGAUCCUUGCUCCUCCCAGACUGUGCCCACUGUGAGGUAUUUAUGUCGUCCGCCCACCCGCUGGGAUCGAAAAGCAGCCUGGCUCCUCUCCCCCCACAGCUGGUGGUCAGAAUUGGAGCCUGCUGGGGCCCCGCCCGCUGCCCGUCCAUAUUUAAGUGGCGCCCCUACCAAAUAUAAGGGACCCCACCCCAGGCCUUUAUUUUAGUCCCCUUUUCAGGGAUGUGGUGGGGGGACAGGCUCUUGGUGCUACAGCCCCCCCUUCCCUCUAGAGACCUCACACCGUCCUUUCCUGCCAUCACCCCAUAUUAGUGCUUAACCCUGGUGGGGACCCCAUGGAAAAGACGGGGAAAUGGGAAACAGGUGGGGACGAUGCGCCCCCAGGGCGCUGGAUUCCCACGCUCGCCACCCCCUCCCCAUGCUGGGCGGGGCCUGGGAACCGAGCGGCGGCCCCACAGCCAAUAAAGCGAAGGCUUCUCUUCUU